CAUAACUCAAACUCCUAAGCAAUAUGACAUCAACACAAUAAAGUUUUCUUGGUUUAAAUCGGCAUUGGUAAGCUAAGGUCUUGUAGCAUUAAUUUCUCUACAAAUUCCAAGACCUUAGUCUUCCUUGCCUUAUAAACCAAGAAAACUUAAAAAGUCAUAGAAACAUAUGCAAAACCAUCAAUAAAAUUAAUAUAUAAUUCAGGCAUUGGAAUAAUAAUGGCAGGAAUUACAAGAAAGAUUACCUUUAUCGUCUUGAUUUUGGCCAUUACUAUUCCAUGCCUUGAGGCUGGUAUUGCUGAGUUUGAUGAUUAUCUCAAAGAACAAGCCGAUUUGGCCCGCCAAAUUGCUCUUAAGUCAUAUGUGCCAAAUCCUGAAAAUAUUACAACUGAGCUCAAUCUACAUGUCAAUAUGGCAAUGGAAGAAGCUUAUUCAAACAGUACAAGGAGGGAACUAAGGCAAAGGCAAAAGCAUGGUGGAUCAUCAGCCUGCAUGUCCAGUAAUCCAAUUGACAAUUGUUGGAGGUGUAAAAAGGAUUGGGCCCAAAACCGUCAACAAUUGGCCCAAUGUGGAAAAGGUUUUGGUAGAAAGGCAGUAGGUGGACUUGGUGGAAAAUUCUAUGUUGUUACUGAUGAAUCCGACAAUGAUUUGGUUACCCCAAAAUUUGGUACCCUUAGAUAUGGUGCUGUUCAAAAAGGACCACUUUGGAUUAUAUUUGCACGUAGCAUGAUCAUUAGAUUAAAUCAAGAGUUGUUAGUUUCAUCCGACAAGACCAUUGAUGGUCGUGGUGCCAAUGUUCAUAUUAGGGAUGGUGCUGGCAUUACUAUGCAAUUUGUCAACAAUGUCAUUAUUCAUGGUCUUCACAUAAGAAACAUCAAGGCUAGAUCUGGUGGUAUGAUUCGAGACUCUUAUAAUCAUGUUGGACUAAGAACAAGAAGUGACGGUGAUGCUCUCUCUGUCUUUGGUUCAUCAAACAUCUGGAUUGAUCAUAUUUCCUUAUCUGAAUCUGAAGAUGGUCUUAUCGAUGUUAUUCAAGGCUCUACUGCUAUCACUAUCUCAAAUUGUCACAUGACCAAACAUAAUGAUGUGAUGUUGUUUGGAGCUAGUGAUUCAUACUCAGAUGACAAGAUAAUGCAAAUAACAGUUGCAUUCAACCAUUUUGGACAAGGAUUGAUUCAAAGAAUGCCAAGAUGUAGAUGGGGAUUUUUUCAUGUUUUGAACAAUGAUUACACACAUUGGUUAAUGUAUGCAAUUGGUGGUAGUUCAGGACCAACAAUUCUUAGUCAAGGAAAUCGUUUCAUUGCACCAAACAACAAUGCUGCAAAGACAAUAACACAUAGAGAUUAUGCAUCACAAGAUGUUUGGUCAAAAUGGCAAUGGAGAUCAGAAAAUGAUUUGUUUAUGAAUGGUGCAACAUUUAUUGAGUCAGGAGCACCAAUUAAGAAUCUUCCAUUCAAAAAAGGUUACCUAAUGAAACCAAGACCAGGAACACAAGCUAAUAGAUUAACAAGAUAUGCUGGGGCACUAAAUUGCCAAAUUGGUAGGCCAUGCUAGAAAAUAAAUUAAUUAAAUUAUGCAUUUGUACUUAUGAAGAAAACAACAAAAACAAAAUCAUUUUAGGAAUUUUACACCUUACUUCACCUUUGAUUUUAGAUGAUGUUUUCAACCAAUCUUAAUGAAAUCAAUUUUUUUUUGGUUGAAAA